AUGGACAACAAGCACGCAGUCUACCGUCACUUCAAGGUGCCGGCCAAUAGCGUUGGCGAGAACGGCACCAAGGUGUGUGCCUGCUGCAACUUCACGUUUGUUGGCGGGGUUCACCGUUGCGCGCAGCAUAUCACCAGCUGGAACGGCAUGCGCCGUCGUGAAGUGCAUCUCUGCACUACAGCGUCGAAGACUGCACGUGACGCCAUGAAGGCGCUUUACGAGUCCAAGUUGAAGGCCCGUGAUGCGAAGCGUGCGGCUGAAAUCGCGGCGGUCGGCGUAGUCAACGGCAGAGGUUCGGACAAGAAGAAGAGUCGGAAGACCGACUUCUACGGCGACGACGCCGCGUGCGCGAACCAAGCUGCGGACGAGGCCAUAAGCCUCUUCUUUGCCGCUCUUCAUGUGCCGGAGCAUCACGCGGGCCACCCACUGUGGCGGAAUGUGGUCUCCAGCAUCCAGCGCGCGGGGCCGAAUUACGCGGCACUCGCUCCUAUCUCAGCAAGCUGGCGCCGUGACGGUGUCACCGUGGCAAGCGACAUGUUCUCUGACAAGGCCGGCCGCCCGCAAGUCAACGUACUCCUCAUCAACGAUAGCGGUGCGGUGUUUGUGGAGUCGAUCGACACGAAGAUGGAGAUGAAGACCGGGGGCUACAUCGCGGGCAUCUUGCGGCCCAUCAUCGAAAAGGUCGGCCCCGAGAAUGUCGUCACCUUGUGUUUUGACGGCGGCUCCAACUACGCGGCGGCAUGCAGGGUGUUGAUGCGCGAGUAUCCCCACAUUGAACACAUCCCUUGCGCGACCCAUGUCCUCGAUCUCCUGAUGGAGGACAUCGGGAAAAAGGGAUGGGCGAAGGACAUCGUCACGCGCGGGGACACCCUCAUCUCGUUCGUCCGCAACCAUCACUUCACCCGGGGAUACAUGCGGAGUCCGCUCGUGAAUGGCGGCAAGGGGAAACAAGUUCUCAAGUCCGCGGGAACCCGAUUCGGCACCAACUACAUCGCCAUCAACCGCCUCUGUGAAGUGCGCGCCGGCCUGACGCAGAUGGUCCUCAGCGAUGAGUGGGUCGAGUGGACUCCGGCUGCAGACAGGGCUGGGGCAGACACAUUCAAAGACAACAUCCUCGAUGCCGCGUGGUGGACGCGCGCCGAGUUCUUCGCUAAGCUGAUGAGGCUGCCAUUUGUCGUCAUGCGCAAGACUGACUCGGAUUCGAAGGGCAUGAUGGGUCGUCUCUACGACUUCAUGCUCCAGCUCACCGAGGACAUCCGCGACUUCCUCGACGAGCAUGCGGAAGUGUACCUGACAAGCGACGAGGAAGAGUGCAUUUUCCGCACCGACCUGGAGUGCACGAGGGUCUUCAAGCAGUACGUCUCCAAGCACCAUGGUGACAAGACGGUCACCAGGAAGGACGGGGUCGAGCGCCGCGCCUCUCUUGUCAUCCAGGAAGGCCUCAAUGCCUUCCUGAACCUCCAAGGCAGCUUCGGCAUGCCCGACGCUAUUGCCGACCGCCAGGCAGUGAAGGAGGGCAAGAUGACGGCGGUGGACUGGUGGACAUGGCACGGGACCGAUCCUCCUGAGCUCACCACCAUGGCUUGCCGCGCCAUCACGCAGCCAGUGUCCGCGUCUCCAUGUGAGCGUAACUGGGCGAAGUUUGAUGCAGUGCAUACGGCAAGGAGGAACCGCCUCAGCGCGGUGAAGAUUCGUGACCUGGUGUAUGUCACGCACAAUUGGCACGUGGUGCACAACUGGCACAAGGCCCCUGAAGGGCUGGGGGUGGUGAAGGGAAACAUCGAGGACCCCCCCACUCCGGCUGGCUAUAACGUCCCGGAGGAGGUGGAGGAACCUGAGAAGGGGGAGGAUGAUGUGAUGGCAGAUGAGUACUAG